AUGCACAAGAAUCGCGUAGUAGAGACCGGUCCUUGCAUCAUUAUACACGCGGAUUACCCUUUGAGGAAUCAACUCUAUUUUCUUGAAUUCUCUGAUCAUCGCGAUGUUGUGAGGAAAAUCAGGACACCCUUUGCUAACUAUGUGCCUGAAUUUAAAGUGGUUGGUUCAUGUCAAGGACUAUUAUGCAUAUGUGAUUCUUUGUUUAGUGAUGCACUUUAUGUAUACAAUCCUUUUACAAGGGAUUACAAACAACUCCCUAGAUCAAUCGAAUUCGAGGUACAAAAAUUGGUUUUUGGUUUUGGAUUUCAUCCUGUUACUAAAGAGUAUAAAGUGAUCAAGAUCAUAAACUAUGCCAACAUGUAUUAUAAUGAACCUGGAGGGCGUUAUCAUCGUAGGUUUCGAGUCCCUUUCUUUGGUAAAUCAGAUGUUCAAGUACUUAGUCUUGGUACUAACAACAAAUGGAGGAGUGUUGGAGAAGUUGUUUAUCGUUUCGAUCAGAGUUCUCAAGGAAUUCUGUUGAACGGGAAAAUGCAUUGGUUGACUCGAUUUGGUAAGUAUCAUGGACGUCGUGAUAGGCUUAUUGUUUCGUUUGAUUUGGGUAACGACGUGUUUGGUGAAGUACCAAAAGUUGAUUUUGAUGUCAAGCCAAGAAUUGUUCAGUAUCAUUUAGCAGUACUUGGAGAUUGUCUUGCUGUUGCUCUAACUUUGCCUCAUUAUAAAGGGGGAGGAUUUGAAAUUUGGGUAAUGAGAGAAUAUAAUGUGAAAGAAUCUUGGAUGAAAGAGUUUAGAAUUGGAGCUUAUACACCAAAUCCAAAUUGUGUAACACAACAUGUGCAACCAUUGGUGAAAGUUUUAUGUUUGUUGAAGAAUGGAGAGAUCUUGUUAGAGUACAAAGGUGGAAAUCUUGUUUCAUAUGAUCCUAAGACUUGUGUCUUUAGGACUUUAAGGUUUCAAGGGAUGCCUAAUUUGUUUCAAACAUUUGUUCAUGUUGGUUGUCUUAAUUGGAUUGAUAUUCCACCUCAGGGGCGGAGCUAG